AUGGAUGAGGCUCUCAGUGUUGAAGUUGAUUUGACUACACCCGGGCAUUCUAUUGCAAAGGUUGGGGAGAAGAGUAAGUGGGAGGGUCCAUUUGAAUCCUCGAGGAAAAAGAAGAAGGGUCAUCAGCACAAGAAGAACGACAAGAUAAAUUUCUGCAAAAAGUGUUACUCUACACACAAUGGACCAUGCAGUGAUAGUAUUAUGAGUUAUAGGAGAUGUGAUGAGUCAUAUGAGUGGUCAUGUAUGAAACCAAAGCUUAAUGCUAGUGACAGUGGAAAGAAGACUGAUGCACCAAAAGUGCAAGUUCAAGCCUUUCAGAGGACCACCAAUGAGGCCAGACACGACGAUGAGGUUAUUGUCAUAACUUUUUACUGUGAAUGA